ACCUCCAUCGCCGAUUCGGCGGCCGCCGAACUACAGCAGCGCAAGCGACUCGCACCGUCGCAGGUAUAGAGCGCUCGCAGGUAUACGGCAGCCGACCAACCAACCAACUCGCCGGCAGCCGCAAGCCCUCAGAUCCUCCCGUCGCACGGAAAACAACCGUCCCUCUGCUGUCGCUGCUACUCACCCUCUCGGAUCCCUUCCCACCCCACCUCCCGGAUGCAGCCGGGGACGCCACCGCCGGCGCCUCUGCCACCGAAUCCGUUGAUCUAGUUGCUGCUAUUGCUACCGCUUCUUGAUUGGGUUGAGGAGGAGGUGGAAGAGGAGGGAAUAGGAGAUGAUGUUCUGGAAGGACGGCGGCGGGACUGGGGGCGGCAACGGACGGGACCUCAGCGGUGGGCCGCCCUGCGGCCAGGUGCGUGUGCUCGUCGUUGGCGACUCAGGUGUUGGUAAAUCUUCAUUGGUGCAUCUCUUAUUGAAAGGUUCUGCAGUGGCUCGACCAGCCCAAACAAUUGGGUGUGCAGUUGGUGUUAAACAUAUUACUUACAGUAGUCCAGGGAGUUCAUCUAAUAGCAUCAAGGGCGAUGCUGAAAGGAACUUUUUUGUUGAGCUUUGGGAUGUUUCUGGACAUGAGCGCUACAAAGACUGUCGUUCACUUUUUUAUUCACAAAUUAAUGGUGUCAUAUUUGUUUAUGACCUUUCCCAGAGGAAAACAAAGACAAAUUUGAACAAGUGGGCAGUGGAAGUUGCUGAAUCUGGGACCUUUUCAGCUCCUCUUGGGUCUGGUGGUCCUGGUGGCCUUCCAGUUCCUUACCUAGUUAUUGCCAACAAAGUGGAUAUUGCUCCAAGAGAUGGUAGAAGAGUGAGCAGUGGGAAUCUUGUUGAUGUUGCUCGCCAAUGGGUUGAAAAGCAAGGCCUGCUUCCAUCCAGUGAAGAACUUCCACUUGCAGAUAGCUUUCCUGGCAAUUCUGGUCUGCUCACGGCUGCCAAAGAGGGAAGAUAUGAUAAAGAAGCUCUAAUCAAGUUCUUCCGCAUGUUGAUAAGGAGGAGGUAUUUUUCGAAUGAGCUUCCUGCCCCUAGCCCAUGGUCACUCACUCCCAGAGAAGAUACCAUUCUUCCUGUAGAAUCUGUGAAUGAUGAUGACAUGUUCCAAAGAAAAAGCUACGGUGGCCAGAGCUACAAAUACAAUGGGGUGGCCCCACUGCCUGCACAGCGGAACCUAACUCCACCCCCGACACUCUAUCCACAGCAGCCAAUGUCCUCUUCAUCAGAAAACUACAGAUACCACAGAUUUUCCUCCUCGUCAAUACCUGAUUCAAGUGGUGGUAGAACAAGCCGAGCAAACCUCAAUAUAUGAUGAGAUAUGUGAGUCUUAUCCAUUAUCACCUGGAAUGUGGGGGAAAAAACAUGACACCUGGGUUUUUUGAAUCCCAGGUUUUUGAUCUUUUUGAGUUGUGCACCUGUCUUUGAUUUGAUAUGUGCAUGUUGACAGGGCGUUUGAACAUUAUGUUUGUGGGAUCACUAGUGAUAAAUUCUUUGAUUCUUCCCUGUAUAUCUCCUGAUUUUGUGUAUGAAUUCAGUAUAGUUAUUUAGGAAGACACAUUACAUGGUGUACACUGAUACUCUGUGCAAUGGCAAAUCUGAAUUGAUCGUUUUCCCAA